AUGAAGACGUUCAUUGUGUUGAGUCUGACGGUGGCACUGGUGGCCGGUGCCAGUCUGGACAAGUCGACGGCCAAGGAAGCACAGGAUCGUAGUCUGGAUACACAGUCCAAGACCCAUGGCAAGCGUGGUUUGCUCGAUUAUGGUUACGGUUAUUCAAAAGAACCAGAGCUACAGGGUGGCUUCAAGCCUUCCUUCGGAUAUGACAUCACUGUAAACGAGCAUCAUGUUCCACAGUUUAAGACCUACGCUGCCCCAGACUACCAUCACAACCAGUACGCUCCGUUCCAUAAGGAACCUUCUGUGUACAACUGGAAGGAAGAAAAACACACCAUCAUCACGAAGAAAGUCCCCGUCCCAUACCCAGUGAACGUGGAGAAGCAGGUGGUCAUCGAAAAGAAGGUCCCGGUGCAUGUGCCGGUUAAGGUGCAUGUGCCAUACCGCGUGGAGGUAGAGAAGAAGGUGCCGGUAUACGUCGAGAAGAAGGUCCAUGUCGAUCGCCCUGUGCCGUAUCCGGUAAAGGUGAAGGUCCCUGUCUACCACAAGGUGGAAGUUGAAGUGCCCAAACCAUAUCCGGUGCACAUUCCCAAACCAUACCCAGUGUACAUCGAAAAGGAGGUGCACGUUCCAGUCGUUCAUCGAGUAGAAGUUGAGAAGCCCUACCCAGUGUAUGUGGAGAAACAAGUACUAGUGGAGCAGGUUGAUGCGCCCGAGCAUGAGCACAGCCAUGAGCAUGAGCAGAGCCACGAGCUACACAGUCACAAGCACGUGAGCCAUGAGCCACAGAGCCACGAGCAUGAGCAUAGCCAUGAGCAUAGCCAUGAGCAUAGCCACGAGCAGGAACAUACCGUACAUCACAACAUUCGCCCAGUUGGCAUCAAGUCUACCGAUUUCAUCUCCGAACCUAUCCACGUCCCAGAACAUGAGCAUCAGUACGGCGAGGAGUCGCAGAAGAUCGAGCGCAAGGUGGAGAGCAACCAGAAGUCCGCUACAGAUGCUGCCAGCGAACAAGUGAAAGAGACGGAAAAGCCCACCGAUAAGGAAUCCUCUCAGUAA